AUGCACAAGGCACCAAUUGACUCGGCCCCGUCGACCCCGAGACCAUUGCCUCGGCACCCAUCCUCGCACAAGCCUUUCAUCAACGCGGUUCCCAGUCGCCCCCCCUCCCGAUAUGGGUCCUCCACCUACUCGUUCUCAUCCGGUUCCACGAGUUUCGACAGCUCGCUGUCGUCCGGUUCUUUUGACACGACGACGACCUCGUCGUCGUCAUCGCCUUUCUCGUCAUCGCCUUCAUCGAGAUCCACGUCAGGAAGCUCUUUCUCCUCGACGACCUCAGCAGUGGGCUCCGUUUCUCCGAAGAAGCGAUCUCAGUUCCUGCCCGGGGCUGGGCCCUCUACGCCGGGCCCACCUUCGCCGAAAAAGCCCAGUUCGGCCCUGCCCCGCACGCCCGGCCAGGCCCGGCUACCGAAUGCCCUGCUGAUGCUGAGGAAGGACGUGGAAUUUGUACCCCAGAGUCCCAAGCGACCGCCGGGAUCUUCCGUCGGAAAAGAAAAGGUGGUUGUGGGGCCCAUGCUUGGGAAUGUCGAGGCCCCAUGUGGAUGGUCUCGAUCCACGCCUGCCAUGAGUGGCACGUUCGACAUGUUCACCGAUGCGUUGAACAAGCACAGCGAGAACGGGAUACGCUGCUCCAGCGCGUGGCCCGUCCACACCAGCACGCUGUUGGCGCUCGACGAGAAGAAGAAGACGAAGACGAGGUUGAGCAGCGUCAGGUUUGCGCUGGAGCCUUGUACAAGCAGGGUCACGAUGAGCAGCAGGAGGUUGGCGACCAUGGAGAAGAAGCUCAACGAGGACCAGACGACGAGCUCAGGCAAGUGCGCAGCCAUCCUCAGUCCUCUUGCUUAG